ACAAAGAUUUGGACAUAAGACAACUUUAAACACACACAUGAUAGUCCAUACAGGACAGAAAGCAUUUGCUUGUGAUGUUUGUGGACAAAGGUUUGGGCAUAAGUCACAUUUAAACACACACUUGAUAGUCCACACAGGACAGAAACCAUUUGCUUGUGAUUUUUGUGGACAAAGGUUUGGACGGAAGUCACAUUUAAACACGCACAUGAUAGUCCACACAGGACAGAAACCAUUUGCUUGUGAUCUUUGUGGACAAAGGUUUGGACAAAAGUCAACUUUAAACACUCACAUGAUAGUCCACACAGGACAGAAAGAAUUUGCUUGUGAUUUUUGUGGACAAAGGUUUGGACGGAAGUCACAUUUAGACAGACACAUAAUAGUCCAUACAGGAGAGAAACCAUUUGCUUGUGAUCUUUGUGGACAAAGGUUUGGACAUAAGUCAACUUUAAACACACACAUGAUAGUCCACACAGGACAGAAACCAUUUCCUUGUGAUCUUUGUGGACACAGGUUUAGUGACAAAUCAUAUUUAAACAGACACAUGAUUGUCCAUACAGGACAGAAAGCAUUUGCUUGUGAUGUUUGUGGACAAAGGUUUGGACUGAAGUCAACUUUAAACACACACAUGAUAGUCCAUACAGGACAGAAACCAUUUGCUUGUGAUCUUUGUGGACAAAGGUUUGGACGGAAGUCACAUUUAAACAGACACAUGGGAAUCCACACCAGAGGAAAGCAGUUUAGCUGUGAAUAAUAACCUUUGUUUUAUCUUUUUUAAUUGCCUAUCUUAUCAUAAAAUAAUGCAUUCCUUUCAGUAAUGUUUUUUAUUUGUACCUUUCUUAUCAAACUUUCGAUUUUUAUAUUUGUCUAGUAGAUGGUGGUUCACUGUUUUAUAAGAGAUCUUCUGUAAAAGUCUAGUUCAUCUUACCCUAGAAGAGUUACGUCUUUCAUGGCUAGAGUCGCUGAGGAGUCCUGCCUCCAUGGUGGGUGACAGGUGCAAAUGAGCUUCAAACGCACAGUAAACAGUUAAAAUGUGUUGCAAACCCAGGAAUGAUGCAAACUCCAAAAAAAAAAAAA